AUGGAUGCGACCCUCCGAAUCGCCGCGCGAUCCGUCUGCACUUGGUUGUGCCUCGUCGCGGCAUGGCUGAGCGCCGCCGCUGCGUGGGCCGAUGGCCCGGCGAUCGACCCCUUCUUGGCCGCCAGUCGCACAGCCGAAGCCUCGGCGGUGCGGCUUGCCGCGCUGCCCUCAGUCGACUCGGGCGCGAGCGACGGCGUGCAACUCACCAGCGCGGAGAACUACGCCGCCGCCUACCCGAGCGCGGCUUUGACGACGCCGCUCAGCACCCCGAUCGCGGUCCCGACCGGCGCGCCGGUCGCCUACCACUACGACGCCCCCACGAGUGGCUGGGGCUACGAGCUCCUGCCCGACGGGCUCAUCUACCGAAGCUACCUGGCCGGGCCGCGUGAGUCGCGGAUGGCGCUGCACACGUUCCACAACGAGUCGGUGCGCAACGAAGCACUCUGGGAAGCGACGCUCGGCGGACGCCGCGGGAUCAUCCGCUACGGCAACGGCGACGCGGCGAAUCCCGUCGGUUGGCAGAUCGAUAUCGAGGGCGCCGCUCAAGUGCGGCUCAACCUCGACGAAGCCCGCGACGUCGACGCUUCCGACUUCCGGUUCGGCGUGCCGUUCACGUACACGGCGGGCGACGGCGUCGCCUACAAGUUCGGGUACUACCACGUCAGCUCCCACUUGGGCGACGAGUUCAUCCUCCGCAACGGGAACACGCGCAUCAAUUACGUGCGCGACGCGAUCGUUGCGGGCGUCUCGUAUCAGUUAAAUCCUUGCUGGCGUGUCUACGGCGAGACGGCGUUCGCCUUCUUCACGGCCGGCGGCGCCCAGCCGUGGGAGUUCCAGAUCGGCGCCGAGUACGCCCGCCCGGGUCCGACCGGCUUCGCGGGGACGCCGUUCUUCGCAACGAACGCCCACCUCCGCGAGGAGACCGACUUCGGCGGCGACUGGACCGUGCAGACCGGCUGGCUGUGGCGCGGCGUCACCGGGAGCACGUUCCGGCUUGGCCUGCAUUACAUGAACGGCAAGAGCACGAACUACCAGUUCUUCAAUCAGUUCGAAGAACAGCUCGGCUUCGGCAUUUGGUACAACUCCACUGUGCUUCGCCUUCUGACGAUCGAGUCGACGUGUGACGAGACCGCGGCGGCGGUCGUCACGGACGGGCUAGAGACACUCGGCGCCGUCGUCGCUUCGCAGACCGAUCUGCACGAGCGAUUCGGCGGCGUCGUGCCGGAGAUCGCUUCUCGGGCGCACGUCGAGCGGAUCCUGCCGGUGGUCGACGAAGCGCUCCGCCAAGCGGGGCUGACGCUCGCGGACCUCGACGCGAUCGCCGUCGCGAACCGACCGGGGUUGGUCGGGUCGUUGCUGGUCGGCGUCGCGGCCGCCAAGGCGCUCUGCGUGGCGACCGGCCUGCCGCUGAUCGCGGUGAACCACCUUCAGGCGCACGUCUACGCCUGCAAGAUAGCCAGCGGCGAGGAGGUGUUCCCGUGCGUCGGGCUGAUCGUCAGCGGCGGCCACACGAACCUCUACCGCUGCGACGGGCCGACCGACUUCACGCCGCUCGGCGGGACGAUCGACGACGCGGCGGGCGAGGCGUUCGACAAAGUCGGCGCGAUGCUCGGCCUCCCCUUCCCCGGCGGACCGGCCGUGUCGAAGGCGGCCGCCCAAGGCGACCGCAACGCGAUCCGCUUCCCGCGACCCCUGCUCGACGACUCGGGGCGGCUCGCCUUCAGCUUCAGCGGGCUGAAGACGGCGGUGCGAUACCGGAUCGAAUCGCCCGACGCGGAGCGUGACACGCCGCUCUCCGAAGCCGAGCGAAACGACAUCGCCGCCGGCUUCGAGGAGGCGGUCGUCGACUGCCUGGUCGGCAAGUCGGAGCUGGCGCUGCGGCAAGCGGGCUUCGACACGCUGUGCGUCGGCGGUGGCGUCGCCGCUAACGGGCGUCUCCGCGAGCGGCUCGGCGAAUCGGCCGAGAAGCACGGCUACCGCCUGUACAUCCCGCCGAUGUCGCUUUGCACCGACAACGCCGUGAUGGGCGCGAUCGCGGUGGAGCGCUUCCGGGCGGGGAAGUUCGAGUCGCUGGACCUGGACGUCCACCCGGGCCUGGAGCGGAUCGGUUAG